AUGGUACAGAUUAUGGGAGACAUAAACACAGCCAGGCCUCCCCGCCAGUUCAACCCACCAUUCCAUCUCCACGCCUCCCUGCCUGAGAGCAGGCAGUUCAACCCACCAUUCCAUCUCCACGCCUCGCUGCCUGAGAGCAGGCAGUUCAUCCCACCAUUCCAUCUCCACGCCUCCCUGCCUGAGAGCAGGCAGUUCAACCCACCAUUCCAUCUCCACGCCUCCCUGCCUGAGAGCAGGCAGUUCAACCCACCAUUCCAUCUCCACGCCCCUCCCAUGCCUGAGAGCAGGCAGUUCAACCCACCAUUCCAUCUCCACGCCUCCCUGCCUGAGAGCAGGCAGUUCAACCCACCAUUCCAUCUCCACGCCUCCCUGCCUGAGAGCAGGCAGUUCAACCCACCAUUCCAUCUCCACUCCUCCCUGCCUGAGAGCAGGCAGUUCAACCCACCAUUCCAUCUCCACGCCUCCCUGCCUGAGAGCAGGCAGUUCAACCCACCAUUCCAUCUCCACGCCUCCCUGCCUGAGAGCAGGCAGUUCAACCCACCAUUCCAUCUCCACGCCUCCCUGCCUGAGAGCAGGCAGUUCAACCCACCAUUCCAUCUCCACGCCUCCCUGCCUGAGAGCAGGCAGUUCAACCCACCAUUCCAUCUCCACGCCUCCCUGCCUGAGAGCAGGCAGUUCAACCCACCAUUCCAUCUCCACGCCUCCCUGCCUGAGAGCAGGCAGUUCAACCCACCAUUCCAUCUCCACGCCUCCCUGCCUGAGAGCAGGCAGUUCAACCCACCAUUCCAUCUCCACGCCUCCCUGCCUGAGAGCAGGCAGUUCAACCCACCAUUCCAUCUCCACUCCUCCCUGCCUGAGAGCAGGCAGUUCAACCCACCAUUCCAUCUCCACGCCUCCCUGCCUGAGAGCAGGCAGUUCAACCCACCAUUCCAUCUCCACGCCUCCCUGCCUGAGAGCAGGCAGUUCAACCCACCAUCCAUCUCCACGCCCCUGCCUGAGAGCAGGCAGUUCAACCCACCAUUCCAUCUCCACGCCUCCCUGCCUGAGAGCAGGCAGUUCAACCCACCAUUCCAUCUCCACGCCUCCCUGCCUGAGAGCAGGCAGUUCAACCCACCAUUCCAUCUCCACGCCUCCCUGCCUGAGAGCAGGCAGUUCAACCCACCAUUCCAUCUCCACUCCUCCCUGCCUGAGAGCAGGCAGUUCAACCCACCAUUCCAUCUCCACGCCUCCCUGCCUGAGAGCAGGCAGUUCAACCCACCAUUCCAUCUCCACUCCUCCCUGCCUGAGAGCAGGCAGUUCAACCCACCAUUCCAUCUCCACGCCUCCCUGCCUGAGAGCAGGCAGUUCAACCCACCAUUCCAUCUCCACGCCUCCCUGCCUGAGAGCAGGCAGUUCAACCCACCAUUCCAUCUCCUCUCCUCCCAUGCCUGA